AUGAGGACUGCUGCUGCUGCGAGAGGUGCAUUGCUUGCGCUGCUGCUGUCGCUGUUGGGCGAAGGUGCCCUAGGCACCUGCUCGCGCUUCGGGGGCCGAGAAGGAGGACGGAAAUCCCACCAACUUGUGUGCAACCAGCAACCGAACAGCAGCGCUACUACUGCUGCUUCCACAACAUCAUCCCGGGCGUCUUUCGUAGGAGCAGGCAGCAUGCUUGGGCUGCAUGCCUGGAGGACGGCCGCGGCUCGGCGGGUGCUCACGAGGCCAAACUUCGGCCUCUCUCGCCUGCAAACCGUCGGCAGCGGCGCCCCCACACGAGGCUCGUCCACCAGCACGGUAGCAGCAAGAGAAUUGCGACGAGAAACCAGCAGCAGCGGCAAUAACGCCUCCGAUGAUUUCGCCGACAAGGGGACGGGGGACGGGACGUCGGCCACGAGAGGCGGGAAGAAGGGCAGCGGUCCCAGGCAAGCCAGGAAGGCUGCUACGGGGGUAGCUGCUGCGCGGCGGGGGGGGAAGGGUGCCGUCGUGGACGAGUCGUACGCGUACGCGGAGACCCUGUCUUACCUGUCGAGCCCGCCUGAGGAUGCCCUGAAGGGGGUAGGGCCGCGGAAGGCCGAGCAGCUGGCCAAGCUAGGUGUGACGACCGUGGCGGAUCUGCUCUGGCACCUUCCGACGGGGAUGGUGGACAGGAGGGAAACGAGCCGCGUGGCGAAUCUCGUGGAGGGAGAGGUUGCCACCUUGUUGCUCAAGGUGGUGAAGGUGCAGAGCGACCCCCGCAAAAGGUCGCCUCGGAUCACACGCGUCCAUUGCGUUGACGUGGUGGAGGAUAAGAUAGACAUCGUCAUGUUUGGCGGGUCCUGGCUGUGCAAGAACUACGAGCCCGGGGAGACCAAGGUGGUGAGUGGGAAGGUCACCAUGGACAAGUACAGCGGAGCCCUGGUGAUGAAUUCGCCAGAGGUCGUAGCCCCUGCCGCCGACCUUGAAAAGGUGUUAGUUAUCCAGCCCACGUACCCCCUCACCGCCGGUCUGAGCGGGUCCAGCCUCCGCUCGGUCAUCGCCCUGGCGCUCGACCAGCUGGAGGGGGUGACGCAGUUUCCGCCGGAGUGGAUAGACCAGGAAACGAUGCGGGAGCACGGUUGGCCAAGCCUUCGGGAAGCUCUAUCGGCGGCCCACAGCCCUCAACAGGAGGAAGACUUGAGACCUUCCGGUGCCACCCGAUCUCGCCUGGCGUACGACGAGCUCCUCGCCAGCCAGAUCGUUCUCGCGCUCAGGAGACGCCAGAACUCGCGGCAUUGGUGGCGGCGUUAG